AUGUCCCUUCCCCUGCUUCCGACCGCCUCUGUGCAUCCGCAGCCUGCCCCAAUUGAAGAUCCGUCUGUCGCUCUAGCCCAGCUCACCGUCUCAAACUCUUCUCCUGGUGUCGCACCCCCCAGCCAAUGUCCCCAUGCCGCCGUCCCCUCCAAGCCUCCCCCCCGCUUUAUUCCGCUCAGCGCUUCCUCUGGAUGUCCCUUCUCUGCAAAAUCCCCUGACUCCCGUGCCUCCUCGUCUGGCAUUGGCCUUACCGAGGCCGGCCGCGGCAAGCUGUACUACCCUGACUAUCUGCGUCUAGGCUCCUUACUUGACUGCCAGCAUCCCAUCUCCUUUGCUAGCGGAAACCCCUGUCACGAUGAGAUGCUCUUCAUUACCAUUCACCAGACUUACGAGCUCUGGUUUAAACAGCUCAUCUUCGAACUCGAUUCCGUCCGCGCCAUUCUCGCAGAGCUCAACAUCGGCGAGAAGCGCAUCUCUCUGGCAUUGCAUCGUCUCACCAGAAUUCGAGAGAUUCAAAAGCUGCUCAACGAUCAGAUUCGCGUUCUCGAGACUAUGACUCCGCAGGAGUUUCUCGAGUUUCGAGAUUACCUCUUCCCGGCUUCGGGCUUUCAGUCGUUCCAGUUUCGUCUCCUGGAAAUCAAACUCGGUGUUCGUCCGGAUCAAAGGCUCAAUCCCCGUUGGAUUCUCAAUAUCUCACCUGAGCACCAAGAGCUCUUACGAGAGGCUCAGCAGGAGCCUUCUUUAUUCGACUAUGUCGAGAGGUGGUUGAGGAAUAUCCCGUUUCGUGAGUUUAGGGGCUACAGUUUCCAGCGCAGCUAUGAGGAAGCAAUUUCCAAAAUGUUUGAAAUCGAACACAACAACAUUAACGAAAAGCUCGAACCGGCCGAACGUAGCGCCAUGUUACGCGACCUCCAGAAUACUCAUCGCACAUUUGAAUCUGUCUUCAAACGCGAAAUUCACGAAGAGCUCAUUCAGUCAAAAGAAAGGAGGCUUGGGUUUCGGGCUACGUCCACUUCGCUUAUGAUUAUGCUGUAUCAGGACGAACCAAUGUUUCAGCUCCCAGCGAGACUUCUUCAGAUGCUCAUCGAUGUCGAUGAGCAAAUGAAUCAGUGGCGGUAUCGUCACUCGCAGAUGGUACACCGAAUGAUUGGCAUCAAGAUGGGCACAGGUGGUAGCCUUGGACAUUCGUAUUUAAAACGGACUAUUGACUCACAAAAGGUCUUUGCCGAUCUGGCCAAUCUCUCCACCCUCCUCAUUCCACUUCGACUGUUGCCGCCCCUUCCCGCCGAAUUAAGGGAUCAAAUGAAGUACUUUCAUUCGGUUGAGCAAUACGAUAGGACAAUGUUCGAAAUGGGUGGCGGUGGGGAUGAGAUUGACUGGUCAUUUUGCUGA